AUGGGAACUGCAGUGCUGCUGUUUGCUGGCCUGGCCUGGACUCUGCUGGAGAUCACUGCUGCCACUACGGAGUGGAGCUGUGCAAAGCCCGCCGAGAUUGAGCAUGGCCACGUGGAGCACUUGAUCAAGUACCACUGUGAUCCGUACUACCGGCUGCGCAGCUCUGGCGAUGGCACAUACAAAUGCGAUGAAAAUCUGGCGUGGGUGAGCCCCGAAGCUGGCAAGGAGGCGCCCGUUUGUGAGCCAGUGUGCGGCAAACCCGAGAACCCCCCUGCCCCGAUGCAGCGCAUCAUCGGGGGUCUGCUGGCCGGGAAGGGCAGCUUCCCUUGGCAGGCCCGGAUGGUGAGCCGCCACAACCUCACCACGGGGGCUAUGCUCAUCAGCGACCAGUGGCUGCUGACCACAGGCAGGAACGUCUACCUGAACCACAGCGAGGAGGCCACGCCCGAGGAGAUCGCCCCCGCGCUGCAGCUCUUCCUGGGCGGCUGGGGGCAGCCCGCCCUGGGCGUCGAGCGCGUGGUGCUGCACCCCGGCUACCCUGUGGCCGUGGACCUGGCCCCGCUGAAGCUCAGGCAGAAGGUGCCCAUCGGGGCGGAGGUGAUGCCCAUCUGCCUGCCCCAGCGGGACUAGGUGCAGCCGGGGCGUGUGGGUUACGUCUCGGGCUGGGGGCGCGGCGCCACCUUCGCCUUUCCCGAGGCGCUGAAGUACGUGAUGCUGCCCGUGGCCGAGGCCGACAAGUGCCGGCAGUACUACGCGGCGCAGGGGCCGCACGGCGUCCGGCCCGUCCUCGGCAACGCCACCUUCUGCGCGGGCACGAGCGAGCUGCGCGAGGACACCUGCUACGGGGACGCCGGCGGCGCCUUCGCCGUGCGGGACACCGGGGACGGCGCCUGGUACGCGGCCGGCGUCCUCAGCCACGACAGGACCUGCGCCGCCUCCAAGUACGACGUCUACGUGGACGUGCGGCGCGUGAUGGACUGGGUCCGGGAGACGGUGGCGGCCGCCUGA